AUGGACCUCGCAAUCAUAUGGGAGAGCCUGCCCGCUGCUGGAUGGCGCUGUGCUUACGCUGGAGAUCACGUCGUCAGCCUGGUCGUGGGCCUCGCGCUCGCCGGGUACCGCUCGCGAUCAUGCGGCUCUCUGCCCAACCCGGUGCUGUGGAUGCCGGUCUACGGCUACAUCCUCUAUUCCGCGGGACGCCCAUCGCUGGUGCAGCUCUUCCUGGUCUAUUACGGCUCCGGCCAGUUUCCGGCCGUUCUCGACCAGAUCGGGCUCUGGGUGCUGUUCCGCGAGGCCUACUUCUGCGCCGUCCUUACGCUCACCCUCAACACCGCCGCCUACACCCGAGAUUUCUGCGGGUGGCGAUCCAAGGGCGUGGCCGCGCGCGAUGUCGAAGCGCGCGCGCGCCGUCGGCAUGUCGGGCACCCUGCUCUACCGGCGCCUCGUGCUGCCCGAAGGCCUUCCGCAUCGCGCUGCCGGCCUACACCAACGAGGUCGUGUUCCUGCUGCAGGCGACCUCGCUGA